AUGUCAGAAAAGGGGGGCUGGUUUUCCCCCGGAAGCCCAAAGAUCCACGCCGAACUAUUUUGAGCCAAUGCGAGAGGAUCUAAAGAACCGCAAGGAGAGCACCACACAACUCCAAUCGAGUGGAUAGAAAGCAAGCUUUUAGAAAGAGUUGAUCACCAAACGAACCAUGCAAGUCGAUUGGGAACUCUCGCAGUCUCUAACUUCUGACGGACAAGGCGUUCGUUGCGCUUGUAUCCUUCCUCCAGCAGUGGCUGAUGGCCCCGAUUCCUUUCGCGUAGUGACGGGCAAUCAAGGCGGUGGAUUGUGUGAAUAUGGAGUCCCUUCGGGCAAUAUCAACUUGAUAGCUUUCCAACACAAUCAUUCCGUGACGGCCCUUCUUUCAGCACCGUCAUCUUGCGCUGAUGAGAAUCACAAACAGAUUUACGCGAGUGGCUGCAAAGACGCUCAGAUUCGUUUGUUCAAUGGCACGUCUCAUGAGGUCACUUCCACCUUGACGGGUCACGAAAAACCCGUCACGUCGCUGGCAUGGUGUCCCAAACCAUCCGGCUCUGGUGGUUUCCCCUACUACUUGGUGAGCGGCUCGUGGGAUGGCACCGCCAAGGUCUGGGACGUGGAUCGCAAAGUUGUGGUGGCCACCAUGCCCAAUCACGAGAAUUCCGUAUGCGUCUAUGGGAUUUCCUCCUCGCCCGACAAGAACAAAAUUCAAGUGGCGACGGGUUCCGCAGGAGCCGCCCAAAACAAUCAAAUUUCGGGAUUCACGGUGCGACUUUGGCAAAUUGAUGUCGUCACGGGACAAGUGCAGAUGCUCCACAGCGUUGCCAAUGACCAUGGCGGACCCAUUCGUGAUAUUUGUGGAAUCACGGUCGAUGGCAAAAAUUACCUCGCCACAUGCUCCAAUGACGGGACCGUCAAACAGCGAGAAGAAGGAACUGGAAAAUCCACAUCCACUUUGACUCUCAUUCCAGAGCAGAGCGAUCAUCCGCCAAUGCUCCUCUCGGUCGUUUCGAUCGACAGUUUAUUGAUUGGAUCUGCGGAAGAUGGUCAUGUUGCUGUUUGGAAUCUAGAGGAACAGGUACAACCACAAGUCAUUUUGCAUACGGAAUGCGUUUGGAGGACCGUUGCCAUGCCAAAUGGAGACUUUGGAACCUGUUGCCAGGAUGGCACCUUGCGCAUUUUCACACGGGCCACCGAACGCAUGGCGCCAGAAGCAGAACGCCAAUCAUUUGUUGAUGAGGUUGCCAAAGCCAUGCAGAAAAAAUCCAGUGGACCCUCGGACGAAGAAGUGGCCAAGUUGCCAAAAUGGGAGGAACAACGACAACAAAUGAUUGGACGAUCCGAGGGACAAGUUCAGCUCUUCCAAAAGAAUGGUCGUGCCAUUGCGGCUCAGUGGAGUAUGGCCUCCAGAACCUGGGUAGAGGUGGGAGAAGUGAUGGGGUCUAGGGACUCUGGAACCAUCGAUGGCGUGGCAUACGAUCACAUCUUACCCAUUGAAGUAGACACCACUGGAGGCGAGGUGGCAAAACUACAAAUUGGAUACAACAACGGAGAAAACCCCUUUGUGGCAGCCCAACGUUUCAUUGAUGCCCACAUGCUGCCGCAGCAUCAUUUGUCCGAAAUUGCUGAUUACAUCCAACAACGUGUAGGAAACUCCAAAACGACGUUGGGAGGAGGAGGUGGGGGCCCGGCUGCAUCUUCUUCCGUGGGAGGUGGACCAGUAGCUGGGGUCCCGAUUGCAUCCUAUGAACACUUGCCCAGCAAAACGUACAAGAGCUUUGAAAUCUCUGAAAAAUCCGCUACAGCCACCUUUGAGAAAAUGAAAACAAAGAUCCAAGAAAUGGGAAAGCUCUCGGAAGAGCAGCUGGCGUGCGUGUCCUCUUUGAUGCAGACAUUGGCGGCGAGCAACCGCUACCACGCCACCAAGCUUGAAGAUGCAGAGCUUAAGGUACUGUUGGACAUGCUGGAGCAGCUACCGCCUGCAGAAGCUUUCCCCUUCCUGGAUCUGGCUCGCUAUGCCGCAUUGCAUCCUGAUGGAGCUUCCACGGCGAGAGCCUCGUACUGGGACCGUAUGAUUCAAAAGGUUCUCAACUUGUCAGAAGACACGAGUGGCCUGGAAGGGCCUGCUGCUGUGGCCAUUCCUAUGCUGUCUUUGCGUGUCUUUGCCAACUGCUUCAAGGGAGGACCUGGGUCUCUUCAGGCAGUAUCAUCGUCGCUUUCACCGAUCUUGGGUCGUGCCGAAGCCCACUCAAAGUCCAAGAACAAGAACAUUCGUCUGUCGGUUGCCACAGUCUUGUACAAUAUCUGCCACUAUAUACAUUCCAACCCCAGUGUUGCGUCGGAGAGCAUUGUGUUGCCCACUGUGACAACCAUCAACACGAUUAUUGAAGCCAAGACAUACGAAACCGAGGCUCUGUACCGUUCCAUGGUCGCUCUGGGCACACUCGUCAUGUCCAACAAGGAGGCAAAAGAAGCUGCGAAGGCCGCGCGUUUGUCGACCAAGGUGGAACCUGCAGCGUCACCCCAUACCCCUCAAGCCAAAAAGCUGGCAAAGGAGAUCUACUCUCUGUUGGCCUAGCCAGCAAUAAUGAUAGAAAACAGUUGAGAGAAAUGGUACACUGAAAACUAAAUUGUAGCUACUUAGAUUUUGUUGCAGUUGCAGAAACAUUCAUGGAUUGAGUUGCUUUGUCAUUGACCUCAGGACCAAACGCCUUCUAACAAACGGUGUCAUGUUGUUUUGCUGUGUUCUAGCUAUACCUGAUCUCCGCUAACGACGGGAAUACGUAUCCUCUGCUGCAUUGGCAAAUGCUGAAAAGAAGUCUGCUCUGGUUCUUUCUUCUAAGGGGAUACAGGUGUCCAAUGGCCAAACCGGCAAAUUGGGGUGGCCAAGGUUGGGUGGUGCUUCUUUUGGCUUGUUGAAAUAUCCCCAGUUAUCUUGGAUCAGGCAUUCGUCAGGUUCAGGAAGAGGGCAUGCACGGAACCUUCCAUUUGGCAGUUGCUGAUAAUGAAUCACCAGAGGCACUCCUGUUGGAAUUCGCAAUGACUCCAAUAUCCCAAGAGCCACUGGAUCGUCCUCUACCUCGCAUAGGCACCCAAUCAAAGCUCGCAGGCUGUUGGCAUGUGCUACCACCAGUCCCGCCGUCAACUCUUCCUCGACAUUCUUUUGGCUCAGUUGACUCUUUAGCUUUGCAGCCAAGUUGAGUGCUGGAGUUACCACUUCAUUAAGAAAUGGACGAACUCUGUUUUGGGCAACCAUGGCAAGGCUUUCGCCUUUUGGCACAUUGUGGGCUCCGCCACAAAUCUCUGCCAACCUGUCAACCUCCAUGAUCCGCCUUUCAUCGUUGUCGUCUAGCGUUGGCGGUUGAGUAUGCCAGCUUCUGCGCCAUUUCUCGACGAGAUCUGGACAAUAACCGAAAACAGAAUUUCCUUCUUCCACGUCCUUCUUUACCAGCCCCUGGAGCGCCCCAUAAUGUCGCUCCGCCAAGCGAUAAUCACAGAUCACUGGAGGUAGCUCCUUUUGAUUAUUUCCAAGCGCCGUGAGACAGGCAUCUGUGGUGUCCAGAGCUCGUUGCAACAUGGAGGUGAAGAUACAGUCAAUGUCAUAGAAGUAAGAUGCCAACUGUGCAGCGGCUUCCAUAGCUUCUUGACAUCCUUGUUGACUGAGCUCAACAUCUGUCCAUCCUGUAAAGCGCUCUUCACAACCCGGUUGGCCUCCAUUCCACACACUAUCGCCGUGUCUGCAAAGCAGCAGAGUAUGAACUGGUAGAUUGUUGGAAAAAGCCAGAGAUGCCGAUGGGAUGGAUGACACAAACACAAAGCAGAAGAGGAGAAUCGUCUGUGCGGAAGCCAUUGAUCCAAGCAUGAACCUGAAUAAUGUCAAGCAGAAGAACUCACUGUGACAGAGCUGAGCAACGCCAGUCAAGUGAGGGAAGGUGGCCAACGAACAACUCACAAGCCAUCAACAGGAGGGCAAUAAAAAGACAUUACCUUACGAUUGUAGACACAGAAGGACAACAAAAACAAGCUGGUGGCGAGACUGAAGCCAGUUGACGCCGUGGUUCUUCUUGUGUCAUAAAGCUCCAAAGACGACGACGACGAAAAGGUAUCCACGAUUGAGCAGUCGCGAAAGAAGAAGUUAUAAAAGCACUAUCCACAUCUUCUUUGGUUUUGGUGGUUGUCGCUUCUCUUUCCAUUUGCUUGAGUACUUCCAGUCGAUCCCAUUUCUUCCCCAUAUCCUGGCCCGAUGAACUGGGCUAUCAUUUGAAACCUUUCUGAUUGAAUGAGACAACCUGAAUUUCUCCACGUACUAGAGAUUACAUAAGUAGCAUUUAGCUAGUAGGUUCUACUUUGUAGCUGCUUUUUGUAGUGUCAAAUCUACUAGGAUGGCAGAAACUGGGUUUCCACUUUGCAUUGAGCGCUUCCUCUCCAAUGAGAGCAAAGUCUGCCAACAUUUGUCCCAAGGCUGGUGUCAUUUUGAAGCCAUGUCCAGAAAGACCUGCAAUGGCGUAGACAUUGUUGAAUUCAUCAGGUACUCCAAUCAAAAAGUUCCCAUCCUCCGUCAUGGUGUACAUGCAAGUUUUGACCUGAAUAUUCUUGGAUAGAGUUUCGGCUUGGUUGUUCCAAGCGGUACCAUGCAGUGCAACCUCGACGCCAUGUUGAUACUCGGCUCUUUCUGGUUCGGUGAUUGUUGCAGGAUUGUGGGUAGGAUCCUCGAUCUUGUCGGAAUAAUUGUGGAUUCCAACUUUGGUAAACUGCUUGUCUGCAUCAGCCACAGGGAUACCAAAGAAUGGUAAUCUCCAAUUGCUGGUGGAGAGUAUCCAUGUUGGAAGUUGGUCUGGUUGAUACAAGUCGGGAUUGUCAGAGCCGGAUAUAUCAAUCCAUCCUUGAACUUGUCGAGUGACAGUCAAAUGGUUUGCCCAAGAGGGAAUGAGCUGGGAUGCCCAGGCCCCGGCAGCAAUCAGAACUUUGUUGGCCGCAAUAGUCAUUUGUUCGUCGUUGCAACUCCGUUCCACCACGAUUUCAACGCUGGGGUUUGAUACAGUGGAUUGCUCCCGCUCUUGUAAGGACACAACUUUGGCUUCUUCCCAAAUUUCACAUCCCUCUUCUCUUUCUGCUUGCUGUAAAGCUUCUUCUAUGGCGAGCUCUGGCCUGACAAAUCCGCCACCUGGUUCCAGCAACCCAAUCAAUUCUGGUCCUUUUGCGUGAUAAUGGAACUGUGGAAACCGUUUUCGAAGAUCUUCAUUCUCCAAGAAUUCGACUGGAAUGUCAUGUUCCUUGGCUGCGUCCCAUGCCAACUGCAGGUAGUUGUUUCGGUGCUUGGUUCCAUCUUCGGUGGGCCUAUCUUGUAGAAUCAAGUUGCCACACUUGUUCAGGAGUUCCACACCGCUUUCUUGCCCCAAACGUUCAAAUUCUCGAAUGGAAAAGUCAAUCCAGGGAAUGUAUCCAGCAUCUUCAAAGUAGGCUCGACGAAAGAUUCUUGUUUCUCCAUGCGAGGAGCCCUUUUCGUGGAGCCGAUGGAAGCGUUCCAAUCCGAGAAUCUUCUUGCCCUGUUUCCCAAAGUCCUUGGCAAGAGCUCGAAGUGCAAACGAUCCAACGCCACCCAGACCAAUCACCACAACGUCGUACUGGUACAUCGUCUUUGCUUGACUACCGUACCAGUACUCAUCAUCUUGGGCUUUUUGCAGCUGAAGCGCGAAGAUCUUGUGAGAUCUUUCGAAAAAAGA